AUGGCCGACGCGGAUUUGCCCCAGUCUAGCGCUCAUGAAGACCAUCCGGACGACGUAGAUCCCACCGAGUUCCUGAAGCGCCAGCCAAAGAAAAGCAUCCUCAAGGCUAAGCAGCAGAGCUCGCUGGACAAUAAAGACGGUCGAGCCCAUUUCGACGAGAUGAACAUCAUAGCCACGCAUCAUCCGGCCGACAAGGACUACGGGCACAUGAAGAUCGACGAGCCAAAGACGCCAUACAACUAUUCGGACGGGGACCAAAGCGGUGAUGAGACUGCCUCGCAGCGUGGGCAACGCCGAGUUAGUUUGGGAACCGCGGUCGACCCAGAGGAGCUCCUGGCCGGCCUCUCGAAGGAGAAACCUGUCGUAGCUGAUGACACAAGCGACGAAGAGGCGCUUGAUGAGGAGACACGAAAACACAAGAAAGACUUCGAGCGCAAGCGGAAAAUGCAUUACAACGAAGGGGCAGCUUUGAAGAUGCACGGUUCCGCCGACGCUGCAGAAGAGGACGAUGAUGGCGACACCCCGAUGGGCAGCCAC